UCUAGAUCAUUCCUUUGAUGUUGCUGCACAGCGGAGGCCGGGUCAUCCAGAGGUCCUUCCAGCUACAGGCGAUUUUAGAGCCGUUUAGACAAAUUAGUGAGAAUUUGAGUCGGACGUUUCCUUUACAUCUCCAAAGAGAAUGAAAAUCCAAGUGUUUUUGCUGCUGCUCGUGGUGGUCGUGGGUCUGGCCAAGCGCCGUAAAAGCAAAAAUCCCAUCCCUCCGUUUGAUGCUGCGAAAUUCAAGGAGGAAAUGAUCAAUGCUCACAGAGAACUUCGUAAUACGGAACCAGCUGCUGACAUGGCGAGUAUGACAUAUGACGACGAGCUUGCUACCUGGGCUCAGAAGUGGGCGAAUCGUUGUAAAUGGGAGCACGGUCACCCCUCAAAAGAAAAAAAGGCCAUAGGGACAUCUCUCGGUCAAAACAUGUGGAAGGGCGGCGGUACUAACUCAACAAGUGUCGGCAGUAAAGCUGCUGGUGCUUGGGCUAAGGAGAAGCAGAACUACGAUUUCAAGAGUGGCAAAUGUGAAGAUGGGAAAGCGUGCGGCCAUUAUACACAGAUGGUUUGGGCCACGACUACCAAGGUUGGAUGCGGCUACAAGUUGUGCAAAAAUAAAGAGACCGGCUACCAGUAUAGGUUUGUCGUAUGUGACUACUCCCCAGCAGGUAACUAUAAAGGAAAGCGACCAUACACGAAGGCGUAAAUUCAAGUCUAGGUCAUCAGUCCUCGGCAGGAUAAAGCACGGAGAGCAGUUGUCCUUGCAUUUGAAACCAGAGUCCUUUUCAAUGUCGUAAUGAUCUGAGCGGCAAAUAAACAUUAUAUCGCACAA